GAGUGAGGAGCGGCUCGCCGUGUCAGCCGCGGGCUGCGCCCUUGCGUUGCGCUCUCGCGGCCCCGCGCCGGCGCUGCGCUCUGCGAUGUGAGCCGCUGCCUGUCCAGCCGGGGCUCUGGCGAAGAAACUCACUUCAAAAGCAGCUGCACGGAGGGGGAGAUUAAAGCCUUUGCCGCCUUCCAAUCAAAUGGGAGCCCGAGGUGAUUGGAGGGUCAAGGGGAUGUGACGCGCCCCGCGCUGCCGCCGCCGCCGCCAGGACUCUCAGCGCCGGUUUUAAUGGGCACCUCUCUCCUCACCGCCCCCCUGAGUGUCCCCUCCCUCGAUUUCGCUCCGAGGACGAGAUGGACGUUUAUUCUACGUUUGCCAUCCGCCGCCUUCCUGUUUUUUCCUCCUCGUCUUCCUCUUUUACCCAGCUCGAAAAUAAACUGAAACCUUUUGGAAGGGGGGCGGGUAAGUGUGAGGAACAGACUGCGGAGGUGUCCAGAAGGAGCGCCGGCGAGACUCUGGACCCCAACCGGACUGUCAACCCCGGGGGCGGGCAGGGGCCAGCACACCAGCUCUCCUCAGUAAUUGAGAUCCCGCGCAGCGCAGCCGCCAGGGUAAGGAAAGGUGGAGAUCCGGUGCCGGAAGAAGUUCGCCCGCCCGCUUUGAUUUCCAGAGGCCCGGCAGCGGAGAAACCAGAAGCUAGAAUCGACAGGAUUUCUCUGACUGCCGUUUGCGCCGCAUUUAUCCGAAUAAAUCCAGCUUGCAGGCAUCUAGCAGGAACAGCUACUGGCUCGCAUGUAUGCGGACGCCUGGGCCCUGAGCGGGACGCGAGGUGGCUCCUCUUGCCCGGGCGGCGGCGGGUCGGGCCUCCGGUGAAGGCUGGACGAGUGGCGCCCGCAGGCGGAGCAGCCCCUCGCAGCCGGGCGUGGGAGCCCCCACCUCUGCUGGUGCCAAGUUCGCCCGCGUGGAAAACUGAAAGCAAAUUCCGAUGCAGAGGUAGCCCGAACUUUUCUCGACGCAAGUCUGUAGCCGAGCUUCGGGAAGCGGCUUUGGGAGAACAGCGCGCUAGAGUGUGCGCGCAGCCGGGUGGAGCCGGGGGCGAAGAGGGCGCCGGGCAGCUGAACCUGCCUGGGGGCGAAGAGCUAGGAAAGGCGCCUUCCCUUUCUCAUUUCGCAUCAACUCCUCGGCCUCUGUCCGUAAAAAAUAGUUUCCAAGCUGCUGCGGUCUCCUAGGAUGUGUUUGUGGGGGUCGCAUGGAGGAGAGGGCUUUGCAAAAGUUGCAGAAAGAGCUUUGCUCAGAAGCGUCUGCCAGCAGGGCUAAGAAAGUUUGGGACUCGCACGCCUUCCCAGGGGAAGAAUGGCCAGGAAUAGGCGCCUAGGAGAACCCUUCCCCCCCCUUGCCGGUCCUCUCCCCAUACCUCGAGCCCACGCGGAAAGAACCUCCUGCUUCCUGCCUUGCAAACUUCCCUGCGCGGCGCCGCGUUCAGCGGGUGAGGCCCGGCCGCAGCCCUGUGAAAGGCUCGCACGGAGGUGGUGGCGGUGGUGGGAGUGUGGCCCCCGUUUUCCGCUUGGACGCCCAGAUCCUCGUCGCCGAUCUCCCAAGUCCCCGGAGCUGGCACUUCCCCCUGGGAGCGGCGGUCUUAGGGGGCCCGCUAGGGCGCAAAGUGCGCGCGUGGGCCCGCCCGCCUGUCUCUCCGCGGGACCUGUCGCCGGGCCAGCCGUGGCGGGUGAGUGAUGAGGGCAGAGAAGGGCGCCCAUAAAUCGCGGGUGUCAGGGCGAAAAACUCUCUUUAUUGUCUGCGUGAUGGAUGGGCCCGGGGACGAGACACCAAAUACUUCGUAUCGCCUUUAAAUGGGAACACAUUUUCCGCGGCCAUAAUUCAUGUUUUUUAAAUAGAAAGUUUGAAAUGUUGCCUAUAUUUCACCGGCCCUGACAUAUUUAUGAAUCACUCCCUGCAUGCAAAUAUCAUUAUUUAAAACGCCAGGGCGAGCGCUGG